AUGCUAAUUCUCUGGUCUAUCAUUGAAGUCAGCCUUGGGGCAAUCAUUACCUGCAUUCCAACUUUCGGUCCUCUUUUCAAGAGUUUUGCCACGACUGUCUCAUCUUAUCGCCACAAUGCAUCUGGACCCUCUUACCCCCUCGACUCCAUCCCUGAAGGUGGAACCAAAAGCAAGACUUCAAACAACAACACAUCGGCUAUAUUUGGAUCGCAUACAGAGAACACUGGAGUAACGGUUCAAUCAGGGCAGCGGGGUGGCCUGACUUCUCAUGAGUCUGGAAGCCAGGAACGCAUCCUUGGCGGGGACGAUAGGACAGGCAUAUACAAGACAAAAGCCCGCCGCGGUUCCUGGAAGGGUGGAGCUCGGACCGUUCCGCGCGUCUCCACCACCUCCCAGCUUCUCAUGGCUGCUCUCAGAGUCUCUCAAUCCUCAAAGCGGGCGCUCGUGGCGCUUCGUAAGAGGCCUUUCCACAUCCCACAAGAUCCCGCUCCCGCUAUCCCAAGCCAAAGGAUUGUGGAUGAAGAAAGAUCCCCAAGAUACAACCCCGAGGCCUACUAUCCUGCAAAGCCUGGUGAGAUUCUCGCCGACAAGUAUCAGCUUUUGAGCAAGAUAGGAUGGGGAUCAGACUCAACAUCCGAAGAAGCUGUGGCGCUGAAGAUCUCGACCGGUCGCCGUUCUAGUACCCCUAGUUCGAAAUUGAAGAUUGAAGAGAAAAUCGCCCAGCAGAACCCUUCUCACAAAGGCUGGGGUUGUGUACGCACUUGCCUGGGGCAUUUCGAGUUCGCCCAUGGGGAGCAGAACCAUGUAUGUCAGAUUUAUCAGCCUUUACGGGAAACCAUGGAGCUCUUCACAAAGAGAUGGGAGAACCAGAGAAUGCCACUUCCGGUCGCGAAAGCCUACAUUCUCCUUUUGCUCCUUGGAAUGGACUACUUGCACGCCGAAUGUCAUGUUGCGCAUACAGAUUUAAAACUUUCAAAUAUUUUGAUGACGUUCGAAAACGACAAAGUUCUUCCUCGGUUCAUGGAAGAGCAUCUCCCCAAUCAUCCCAUGCAAUACAAGAAUGACCCAGAAACCAACCGAAAAAUCUACAGCAGCCUCCAUAGCUUAGGAGAGCUUCAAACCGAGGAUAUAGCCAACAUGCUACCUCAACUAGCAGAUUUUGACUCGGCUAUGCUCGUUGAUCCUAUCCCAGAAGACAAAACGAAAGGCCAAACUGUCUACCUAUACCCUAUCCAAUCACCCUACUACCGAGCCCCAGAGGUCGUCUGUGGAUACGGAUGGAACCAGAGUGCAGAUAUUUGGAACUUUGGUGUCCUUAUGUGGAAUAUCAUCGAAGGUACGGAGCUUUUCACACAGGUGGAAACUUCUGAGAACCGAUACGAUCCCAAGUCUCAUGUCGCUGAAAUGGUCGCACUGCUUGGUUCUCCCCCGAAAGCGGUAUUGAAAAGAAUUGAGUCACUUUCCCAGGUUGACUUUGGAGAUGGCGCUUCCGUGACGCGGGACGAUGGAAAAGAGUGUAGCAAUUCGCGAGAGCUAUUUGGUGGUCCACACUUCGAUGAAGAAGGCAACUUCCUUCACGGAGAUCUUGUACCCAACCGCACGCUCGAAGAUACAGUGCCCUCACUGGAAGGAGAAGAGAAAGAGUUGUUCCUUUCCUUCGCAAGGGGGAUGUUGACUUGGGACCCGAUGAAAAGAAAAAGUGCUGGGCAGCUAGCACAGCAUCCAUUCCUGAAUUUUGGCGAUCACAUCGUCAAAGACAUUGUUUGA